GUAUACCUGCCGGUAAUCACCUGAACAUGGUCCAACCAACUGGUAUCAGCACGAGACAUUAAAAUACGUCACUUUAAACAAUUUAGUUAGCUCCGCCUCAAAUUCAAUCAUAUAAUGUCGCCAGCGAAGACCGCCCGCGUAUCGGUGUACGCGGCCAAAAAAGGAGUCAAGUCCAGCACGGACACAAACGAUGAGCUGGAGGAAUGGAGACGUGGGAAACAACUGCUUAAACCGAAGAGUCAACUGGACCUAUCCGAUGCCGAGCUCAAAGAAACAAUCGGCAAGCAAUUGUCAACGCUCAACCCGCAACUACCUGAUAGUAUCGUCGAAUUCAACUAUGCGGCCGGUGGGUUUAUUUCGUUGCCUCUGCCGGGUAACACAGUGGUGGUAUACGAGCUGCAAGGCACGUCCAUGCAUAAGGACUCGGAAGAGGCUCGCGAUCAAAUGGUUGAGCUCGGAAUCGACCCUUCCACCUUCGAGGAAUCAUCCGAAUCCUCAUUGGAUACUGAACCCAAGGCUGAGGCGAUUGAAGUCAAGCCAGAGGAAGAAGGCGAAGAAGCUACUGAGGCCAAAGAGGAGGAGCCUGAAGACGAGCAGGCCAAGCCCGACAAAGCAGACGAGGAGCCUGAAGCCGAAGGCGACGGUGAGGGUGAGGUUGAGGUCAAAGUGGAGCCAGCGAAGCCUCCACAAAAGGGCGGCCGGCCCAGGAAACUGACCAACCAAUUCAAUUUCUGCGAAAGAGCAGCUUUGACCUUCAACAAUCCGACUAGGUCGCAGGAGACGCAGACGGUUCCCCCGCCUAUGGCGACUUUUUCAGCAAACGUGCUCCAGUGGGUGAUUUACGACGCUUACCAGAAGGACUUUGAAGCGCAACAGCUGGAAAAGGAGCUGGAAAGAGAGCGCAAGGAACGAGACAAAGCGCCAGUGUCGCGCCACCAGGCAUCCAAAAAGGGCCAGGGAAGAGCGCAACUGAGCGAAGCCGUGCAGGGAAGAGUGCUGGAUUGCUGGAAGGUCCUGGAAAGGAUGAUCAACCAAAACACCUACGACGAUAUAGCAAAGGACUACCGAUACUGGGACGACCCUUCGGAUGAAUUCCGGGACGAGGAGGGCACCCUGUUGCCCUUGUGGAAGUUCACAUACGACCGGACUAAAAAGAACACCAUCACCGAUUUGGAGUGGAACCCCUACUACUACGACUUGUUCCAGGUUUGCUUCGGAUUCUUCGAAUUCCUCAAACCUACAGCCGAGGGCGCUGUUUGCAUGUUCACCUUGAAGAACCCCUCAUUCCCCGACUACAUCUGCAUGACUGAGUCUGGAGUGAUGUGCGUGGACACCCAUCCAAGAUAUCCCUACAUGGUUGUAAUUGGCCUCUAUGAUGGAAACGUGGAAGUUUUCAAUGUGCAAGCUACUUGCAAAACAUCGGCUUACAAGAGCAACAGUGUCACCAACAAGCACAAAGGAAUUGUUUGGGAGGUGAAAUGGGCGCCUGACUUGCCAGACGGGGAGCUCAACUUUUAUUCAGUGUCCACAGACGGAAACAUCAACAACUGGGUGUUGAUGCAAAACGAGCUGGCUGUUACCACUAUUUUAACGUUGUUUUUCGCCAAAGAGUCAGUGCCGGGCCCGGAUGGCACGCAUUUGAAGCCGAAAAGCUGCGCGUCCUGCAUAAAACUGCAUCCGAAGAAGCCGUUAAUUUAUCUGGUUGGCACUGAGGAGGGUCAGAUUUUCAAGUGCAGCACUGCCUACAGCUCAAUGUGCUUAUUCACCUAUAACGCGCACUUGCUUCCAAUCGCCAGGAUAGACUUUAACAAGUACAACACGGACAUUUUUAUCUCUUGCAGCAGCGACUGGCGCAUAAAAAUUUGGGAAGACAACCGACUGGAACCACUUUUCGUUUUCGAUCUAGGCGACCGGGUGGGUGACGUGAAAUGGGCCCCAUAUUCGUCAACGGUGUUCGCUGCAGUUACCAGUGAAGGCAAAGUAUACGUUUUCGACUUGAACGUCAACAAGUACAAACCCAUCUGCAUUCAAGCAGUGGUUUCGCGCCGCCGAAACAGGCUUACCAGACUAUCCUUCAAUCCGAAACUUCCAAUUAUUAUAGUGGGAGACGACAAAGGAUGCGUUACCACAUUGAAACUGUCCCCGAACCUCCGAAUUCCAUGCAAGGCCCCAAAGAAGCAACAGUAUCUGGAUCAAUGGACCUUACAGUGCAUGAAACUGGACAAGCUGCUGUCGCUGGUUCGAGAGCCAGUUACUUUAACAUUUCCGCAGGACUUAGCAGGCACUGACGUGUCUUAAGAAAUCGGUGCGUUUGCUCUGGGUUGAAAACCUCGAGCCAGAGGGUGAACACGACUAGGUCUGACCAUUUUAAGGUUUAAAUUCUUAACUAUGUAUGGAGAUUCAGAAACCAGCAAUUGCUGACUUUUAGCAAGUAUAAAUAUUGUAUAUCUUAUUUAUUACAACCUAUAAAAUUAAAUGUACCCGAUUUCGAUGGA